CCGACAACUUCGCUACGAUCGAGAUGUCCUUCAGACCGACCCGCAAGGCGACAGUAGCUGCGCAGGCAAUCUUCAGGGCAGAAGCUGGUCAGCAAGCCAAGGACGACGACCUCUUGCCCUCAGAUGAGGAAGAUGAGGAUUUCGUCGUACCGGACGAGGAAUCCAAUGGACGGCGCAAAGGCAAGAGCAAAGCCGAAGCGAACGGCUCUGAUGCUUCGUCGGACUCGAGUGAUUCGGAUGACGGAGAGAAUGCAGAGCUGGAAGCCUUUGGCGCCGUGUCAGGCGACGAAGUUGAGCCUGACGAACAUUUGGGCGCAAGUGGCAAGCGGUCCAACGGUGACGGCCGGAGCAAGCGCAGGAAGGUCAAGCGUGCCAAGCAUGAUCAUGCACCAGCUGAAUCAGUAGACAAGGGUCUGACCAAAGAAGCUGUUGACGAUUUGUGGGCGCUCUUCAAUAACGACACAGCUCCUCCAUCAGCACUACAAGCGACAGCACCAGCAGAUGCGACAAAAGCGACCCUGCAUAAUGUGCCUGUGUCCACCAAGAAGAUGAUAAGGAUCACGCGCAAGUAUACUUUUGCGGGCGAACAGGUCGAACAGGAAGUCGAAGUGGAGGAAGACUCUGCCGAGGCAAGAGCGUUUCAGGGCUUACCUGCCAACGACGAGCAAGCCGCUGGCGAACCACAGACGGCAGCGGAUGUCAGCAGACCUGCGCUCACCUCGGCUCGACCAGGUCAUCGCAGACCUCGUACGUCGCUGCUGGAUAUGCACACCAAGCUCGGACUCAAGCCGCCCAAGAUGACGACGCUCGAAAAGUCAAAGCACGACUGGAACAAGUUUGUGGCGAAGGAGAAGAUCUCUGAUGAUCUUGCCAAGGCACGCAAAGACGGCUAUCUCGAGAAGCAAGACUUUUUGCAACGCGUGCAGGACAAGAAGAAUGAGCAAUACGAAGAGCUCAAGGGCGCAGCACGCAUCAAUCCGCCUGCAUGAGCUCAUACAGCCUAUUGCUUGCUCAAGCUUAUUGCUUGCCUAAGAAGAUGGGCGGCACUCUUAUGGGCUGGAUCGUCGUCCUGGCGAUGUCCCACGCCUGGCCUGAGACGUAGAUGUCGCUUUCGAGCUUUCGACGGGCAUCCUCGAUUGAUCUCGCGCGAUAGAUCAUCACGCUGCCGAUCAUCUUGGCAGCGUCAUUCUUUGCAGGAUCGUCCGAAAGCAUCGCUCCCGCGAAUGCUACCGCACUGCGUCAGGCCUUGCUCAAAAGACAAUGUGGAAAGAGCGCGUACGCAGAUGACCGUUUUUGUGCGCUGCCUCUACGCCCUCGAAAUGCUGCGCACGAACGUUCAUCCUGUCCGUCGAUGGAUGGGCUAAACGGCCGAUGUAGAUGAUUGCAAGCGCCUACCUUUUGCUGUCCUUGAGAUCGGGACAGGUACACAAG